AUGGCUGUUGUCUGGAACACAUCCAGCGCCUCUAUUGGCAUCCUCUGCAUCGAGAUGGUUGGUGAUAUUGUAAUAUCUCCGAUGGGCCCAGGUAUACCAACUUGCCGCCAACAGUUGAAGAGCCCUCGAGGCCUAGCAACUACCGUUAGCUCGUCGUUGCAAAACCGAUGGAACGGAAAUUGGUGCCGUCCGGCGAUACGCUUCAGGCUGCCUCGAUUGUUCACCGUCAGCCCAAGUCUUCCCGUUGAAUGCUGGCCAGGGAAAGCUAGGGUGUUGACCAAGCGCUCUUCUGGUCCAUACGAGGUGUACCGCCUUCAUCCGUACCUUGCAUGUUCCUCUUGCGUAAUGGGGCUCGUUAUGCAGCGAAUGUACCCAGAUAUCCAAACAAAGUAUCCAGUCAAUUGGUUGGGAGCCCGGGGUCCAAAGAAGAGGCAGACUUUGUAG